AAUAAAAAACAAAACAAAUUUCGAAUCGCGACGCAAAAAAAAUCUUUAUAAAAUUUGAAACAAGAAAAGCUUUUGCCAUAUUCGGCCCGCAAUACCGUUGCGAAAUUCUGUUGUUUACGGCUUGAUGUUCAUAUAUAUAUAUAUGUAUAUAACUAGCGUUCAAUAGAGUACAGUGCAUAGCAGCUAAAAUGCGUUCCAGCAAAAUGAAGUCCGACCCAUGGCCGCUGUGGUCCAGCCGCCUGAUCACCUAUGCUGCCAUCCUUUGCCUGUUGUUCGGCGGCGAGGCUCUGGCCCAAUCCAAUUACGUGCAACAUGGCGAUAGCGGCAACUACUCCACAAACGGAUUGCCCGAGGAGGCGACUCUGGAUGGCAAGGUAACCAAACUCGACGACAUUAGCCCGUUGAUUUUUUUGAAUCGCACCAAAGCCGCGUUGAACUGCGCAGCCGGCUCAAUGCAAGUUGAUCUCAAAUUUAAUGAUCCCUUCCAUGGCAUCAUUCAGGCUGACUACGAUCGUAGCAGCGCUUGCCGCGUUAGCGGCAAAGGCGCACUUAGCUAUCGCCUGGAGCUACCGCUCAAGGGCUGUGGAACAAUACAGAAUCCCACACGCGUGUUCACCAACAACAUAAUUGUUCGCUUCCAUGCCAAUUUGGAGAUGGAUGGCGAUGAGAUCAUCACAAUAGUUUGUCGCUAUCCGCCGCCUGUGCCUUCACUGCCACCCGCACUGCCAGCGCCCAUUUUAAAUCCUAUUGCCACGGGCUCUGUGCUCCAGCCACCAUUGAAGGGCAUACAGAUCUUGAUGAUCAUUUGCGCCAUCAUGUUCUUGACCCUGUUGCUGUUGGGUCUGGCCGUGUCCUACUACUGUUUGCGUAGCCGUCCCAUACCAAUUGUGCGACGGUUGCCCAUGAGCAUGGGCAGCGGCUCAGAGAUCACUAAGCUUAGCGGUAGCAGUGCUGGCAAUAUCAGUGCAUUUGAGGGCGUUAAGAUACCGCGUGCACAUGCUGCUCUUCAGGCCGUCUACAGCUCGUCAGGCAGCGAAGGCGCUUUGAUACCUUCGGACUAUCCCAGUGAGUCACAUUCGGAAAUCGAGGAGAUUGACACACGGUCGCUGCCGUUCAGUUCUGCAGGCAGCUUUGAGAAUCGAGCAUUUGUUCAGGAAACGUCCAGCAUCUACAGUGACCAUUAUGCUCCAGCUCAGGAAGUACCUGCGGCCAAUGCUGUAAUGUCCACUGUCAUGCGACAAACUGCUUUGGUGCAGGAGCCGUUGGCUGGUUCGCCCAAAUUUGAUGUCCAGGUGAGAGUAAAGAAAUCGCCUCCGCCAAUUCCAUCACCCGUCACUUCCGACACGGAAAGCAUGGCAACGAUCAGGGGAGAUCGCAACAAUUUGUCCACUAUCAUGGAGGGCUACGAAGAUCGAGAGAGCGUCAUGACCAUGGACUCAUUGCCGCCGCAAGUGGAGACGAUGCAAUCACAAUUUACGUACGUGCCUGAGCUACAUCCGGCACCACAAAUGCCACAGCCACACCCGAUUCCAUUGGUCGCCGAGCCCAAGUUCUCUGUUUAUACGCGCACCCAUCAUGAGGUUGUCGACGGUCGUCCAGAAACCUGGUCUGACUACACCGACGGACCAGAACCGAGUGAGAUUACAGAUCUAUCUUCCGAGGCACCCGAGCGAAUGAUCGUCCAUGACACUAAUCGCGCCGUGGACUCGAUGCACUACUACGAGGACGAGUAUGUCCCAGCGGAACCAGUGGUGCUAACGCCGCCACCGCUGCCUGUAACCUCCCAUACUGUAGACGAUAUAUAUUUGCGUACGGUGACUGAGAAGAAGACUAUCGAGGACAUUGAAAGCCAUAAGCGACGCGUUACCGAAUACAAGAGCAAGCCGAAGGCACCACUGCCGCCACCACCACCGCCAGUGGUUGAUCCUACGUUCGAUGUAAAGGUGCGUAAAUAUCCGAGCGAACGCGAGCAGCAGCAAUGGGAAAACUUCUCAGAUAUCUCGAGUGCCUCUGGGCUAACACUUACACCGAAGAUGUCACGCACUGAGCUAAGUCUGCCGCCAGCUGAGCCCCCAGCUCAGAUACACGACAAUAAACUGAAAUUGACUAGUCCCGAGCUAGUUGGCAAUAUGAAACCCAUUGAGGUGCCACCCCAAGACAAGGAUGUGCCAAACUGGGACGUGCUCAUACGCAUUCUCGAGGAGCCGGAACUUUCUGAAAUUGGCGACGAUACCAGUUCCGUGCACAACAUCAGCUACGAUGACAGGGCCAAGUGGAAGGAAAUCAUUACGACACAAUCGUCAUUGCGAACAAUGCUAACCGAGGCGGUAGUGCGUGAGGACUUCGAACGCAUUCGCCAAGACACACGCUAUGAGCGCAUGUUCGAGCCACAGACUUGGGACGUCAUCAUACGCAUCCUGGCACCACCCAGCGACGAUGAAACGGACGUCGAAAUGCGUGCACCCAAACGUGGCAAGAAGGCACCUCCGCAGCCGUGGGACACCCGUUCCAGGCGCAGUUCACUACCUACGCUGUACGAGUACGACAGCGACGGUGGCUCCAGCGUGCGAACCAUACGCAAUGAUCCUACACUGCCACUGCACGGCGGUCCGAUAACUGGACCUGGCCCCUUCAAUACGCAGCGAUCGCGCAGGAGUUCACGCACCUCAUACCAGACGGAUCACAACGACUUCCGGUCCAUGUCCGAGGUAACUGUCGACUUCGGCAGGCCACAGCCGGAUAAUCUGGACAAUGUCAGCGAUGCUAGCUCGUAUUACCAUAUGCAGUACUACGAUGAUGAGGACAGGCGCUCCUUCCACCGCUCAAUCAGCCAUCCAUCGCUAGCUCGCUCGGCCAGCGAAUUCACCGAGCACUGGACAGCACCCGACGACGUUGAGGUCUCCUCGCCCGAGGGUACACCCCGCGUCUACAGAGCUCGCCAGCCAUUGGCGCUAACUCAGCACGUAGCGGGCCAGCCCGAGGAGCGAAUUGUCUCCCAGACGCAAAGCGAAUACGUCGAGACGCAUCGCAGCGUCUUCCAAUCAGAAAAACCACUGCCAACGCCAUCGCGAAAAUGGUAGACCCAUAGUUUCCCUCUUUCUAUCUCUCUCGAUA